GAACUGCUGAAUAAAUAUUUAAUUGAGAACUCCACAAAUGCUGAAAGCAAAGUCUUCUACCUUAAGAUGAAGGGUGACUACUAUAGAUACCUUGCCGAAGUCGCCUCUGGGGAUGACAAGACAGGUGAGAUUGCAAUGAAAUGGCCCCUUGAACUUAAUGCUGCAAAGGUAUUUGCCAUGUUGCUAUUUUCAAGCAAUAAGCCUACAUUUUAGGUGUGUGAAUUACUCAGAGGAGCCAUAGCAUUCUCGCUAGCCAAGUGCUACUCAAGACCGAUAUAUGUACCAAAAUAUAUAUUUAAAACAUUUGCUGAAUAAAAUAGUUUUUUGGGGGGUGGAGAGUCCCACUUCUCUCAAUACCAGAAUGACAUCUAAGCAGGUUUUACUGACUGUAUUGGCCUCUGAGACACCCACUUGUAAACCUUUGUGUGAUGCACACUAAAGAGAGCUCUAUGCCCUGUUAUUAGCAUGUGCAUUUCAAAUGGGUCCUGGAGAAAAGGAAAUAAAUGUGCCACUCGACUGCGAGUUGCUCAUUGCUGAGAAUGUGCCACAGUCGGAAUUGUCCAAUACUGCACUUGUGGUCUUCAACCUAGCAGCCACUAGCUGUCAAUGUCCACUCGCCUACAUCUUAAUCCCUACAGAGUGAAUUUAGCUAACAAGGCUAUCAGGCUUCUGUCAUUCUCACACUUGAUUGUAGUAAAAAUAAAUCUGGUAGGGUGCCAUACUGUAUCAUUGCCUCCAAUGUCUUUGUGCUCCCCAGCAACCAUAGAGCACUCUCAGGAGGCGUACCAGCAGGCGUUUGACAUCAGCAAGAAGGAGAUGGACCCCACGCAUCCCAUCCGCCUGGGCCUGGCCCUCAACUUCUCAGUCUUCUUCUACGAGAUCCUCAACUCUCCAGAGAAAGCUUGCUCACUGGCCAAACAGGUCAGUCCCGCCCCUUUCCCCUGUUUGCUUUAGUUAUGGGGACUUCGUUACAGUUGUUAAGUUCCUGCGUUAUCUGCUUGUUCCAUGUCAGAACAAACUAAAGGUAAUGUUAAGUGGUGUGUUUGACUGAAUUGCUAACAUUUAGAUAAGUGUGUGAAUGGGUGGAUUGUAAUAUGUUUCUUCUGGGAAAAGUUAUUGCAAUGGGAGAUCUCAAGUACAAAGCUUUAUAUAUGUGCUGGACAUGCAGGGGGUUUACUCGAUGGUAGCUUGGAUUUUGCACAGCGAUUCUUCAUUCAAGCUUGCUAUGUUAUACAUUUGUGUUUUUGUGCUUUUUGUGUCUUCAGGCAUUUGACGACGCCAUUGCUGAGUUGGACAAACUGAACGAGGAGUCAUACAAAGACAGCACUCUCAUCAUGCAGCUGCUCAGAGACAACCUGACAGUUAGUACCCUUCCCUCUCUGCUCUGCCCAUGUUCCUCAUUUUAGUCAAACAAUGUUUAGUCUGUUAAAAUUAAACUUGUAUGUAAAAAACAUGACAGUACAAUAAUGAUCAUUUUCACUUGUAACCGUUUAGUUGGAAGAAGACUGUCUGCAUGGGUAAUGUGUUGUUAGUAGAGGAGGUGAACUAAGAUGGUGGGUGAAUAGAGGUCUUUUUAACGUCAAUGUGUCUCUCUCUCUCCAGUUAUGGACAUCCGACAACGCGCCCGAGGAAGGCGAGGCCGGAGAAGCCGGCGACGCAGGAGAGAACGAGAACUGA